GCGAAUGAAAUCAUAAAUCGUUCUGCGUUCGGUGCACAUCGUUCUAUCUGGCCGACGUUGGUGAAUAGUCAUUUUUUUGUUCAGCUAAUUUUACCAUCGAAAUAAGAUAUUUAUAAUAAUUCAAAAUGCCAAAUCAAGUUUUGACUAUCGAUCCGCAAAAUGAGCUGAAAUUUAAAGUUGAUUUCUCAGGACUGUUCGAGCAGGGGUAUACUACUCACAUGCGGCUGACGAAUCCCAGUUCGGAUACAGUGCUGUUUAAAAUUAAGACAACAGCACCAAAGAAGUAUUGUGUGCGACCCAACUCGGGUGUAUUAGAGCCCAACUCUAAAGUCGAUAUUGCAAUUACUCCUCAGCCGGUGUAUCUUGAUCCCAAUGAGAAGCAUAAACAUAAGUUCAUGGUCCAAAGCGUCAUUGCUCCAGAGGGCAGAACUAACAUUGAUCAAGUGUGGAAGGAAAUCAGCCCUGAUCAGCUCAUGGACUAUAAGCUGAAAUGUGUUUUUGAAACUCCACGAGUGUCUAAUUUGAAUGAUUCCGGUGACAAUGCUGCUCAGAACGAGGUAACCAAAAAACGAGCAGCAGCCACUGAAGAUGCUAAGGUUCCAAAGGUUGCUGUCGAACAAAACUUCCUUAGCCUUCCUCAAAAACCUGAAGAAGAUGACGUAAGUUCGUCUAUUGGCGCGAAUAAGACAUUUACUGUGUUUAAGCACGAUAACUUGGAAAGCGAUUUGCAAAAGGCGACUUCGGAAGUACUUCUUCUGAGAGAGGAGGAAAGCAAACUGAGACAUGAGAACUUACAAUUGAAAGAGGAGCUACUGCGCCUGCACCAGAAAGUGGGCGAGGGUCGCGUGCGCCGGCAUUCGUACACGCCCGACAAGAACGCUCAGGCUACUUUGAUCCCUUGGAUCGCCAUCGCUAUCGGAAUGGCAUUCCUAGGUAUCAUUAUUGGCAAGUUCCUCAUGUGAACAUUUAAUAACCCUCGUUAACCCGACGCAAAACUCACCAAACGCUGUUAUAUCACUCCCAAAGGUAACCCUCUCGCACAAGGCAGCUUACAUUCAUUUAAAUGCUUCAUUAAUAUAACUGUGUUCUAUUCGAAAGCAAUACCGUUUUCGUGUCCCUCUCUCGGGCUACCACGCAAACUAUCUACUCAUGUAAUCCUUUCUUUUGUAUGGUUUAUCUUCAAAGCCUGUUUAUGUCUUAGUCUAUCCUUACUGCAAGAGGGUCUCCGACGCUAAAGCUAGUAUGUUAUAGGACGUAUGUCCACAACUUUGUGUGUCUUGUAGUCUAGCUUCGAUUACUUUAUUUUUUUAAUUCGAUUUCAUUUAACGGUACAAAAAUUUACUUAAUAGUUCUAGAUUAGUUGGUAUAUUUGUAAAGAUCUUGUGAUCUAAGUAUCGUAUUCACUAAGACAUCGUAUUUAAAGUGGAUUAAGGUAUUUUGCUAUGUAUGUUUCGAAUAUUGUGCUGCGACCGUUUGGGACACGGCGCAUUUUCUAAUAACUUCUAAAUUCUAAAUUCGAUUAAUAUUUUGGUCAAUGACUGCUUUUACUGAAAGAUGUUAAAUUCUAAGAUUAUUAACUUUGUAUGUGAUUAUUUUCAAAAUGUUUAGGUGUCUUUAAGUGAGGGUCAUGUUUUGAGUAUAUUCGUCGUGGUAUAUCGUGGUUCGUUAUGCAACUUUUUUUUAUCUGUUGGCCUCUUUUUGUACUUUGCGUUGAUGCGUGUUCAACGUAGGUACUUGUAGAAAAUCCUAUUUUAAAUUUAUCCAAUUCACCAUUUUGUAUUUGAAAUGCAUGAAU